AUGGACGAGUCGUUUGACGAUGAUUUCAGUGCGUCCCUUUCCAGCACCUUGUCCAAAGUUGUGCAAACCACAGUACUGUGCCCUGCACUUGUCGCAAACCUGUUUGGAAACAUUUGCGUCUGCCUGGCUGUUGCGCGUGUACCCUCUCUUAAACAAAGACCUAACACACCUUUCCUUGCCAGCCUAGCAUUGACGGACUUGUCUUUUUCGUCCUUCCUUUUGUUCCGUUUAAUCUGGUUGUACGACUUUGAGGCAGCGUCCAAAGUGUGUGAAUUCUUCGCGAUGGUCAUUUGCACGCACUCACUAGUUACCGUUAUCCACAUCUGCCUUCUUAGUUAUGACCGCUACGUGGCCAUAGCAAAUCCUCUAAGGUACAGAAGCAUAAUGACUACAAAACGCGUCAAAAGGGUCUUGACUGCCGCCUGGUUUGCUCUGCUGGUGGGUAAAAUAAUCCUUCCCUUCAGCUAUCGCAGUAACAGUAGUACCCAAUUCCGAAGAAGUAUGAUUGGUUGCUUGGACUCUGCCGCUGAAAACAAACUCUCAUUGAUUCAUAUAACCAACAUUGCCUUCAAUAUCACCUUCUUGAUGGCACUUCCUUUAGCUGUGACAGUGUUUGUCUACAUUCGCAUUGCCAAAAUUUCGUGGACGCUCAGCAACCAGCUUGAACCAGGAGAAUACCUGAACCCUGAAAAGGCCGAAUUGAGGAGAAGGAGGAGAAAGGAAAUGAAAUGGAUGAAAACCAUAGGUAAGAAAAACCCGUACAUGGAAAUUUUAAAGGCAAAGCCCGCCCCAUGUAAGAGGGUCCCUUUGGGGUUAACCGUACGUCAGCCGUCAAACGGCCUAAAAGGUAACCGCCAACCGUCAAAAAGGGUUAUUUUUUACCAUCAGCAGUCAAAAACGCAGAUUGAUAGUUUCAAGGAAUUUCAAUCUUGCUUUUUGGUAUUUCAGCUGAUGGUCAUGGACUUCAGGCUCCUGAAGAAUCCAGCUCUGAACUGGAAAACCAGUUCCCAUGUUCUCAGAAACACUCCUUCUAGACAUUACAAUACCUUAGAACUUGCCUAUGCCUGAAAUUAUUUCGAAAUUUUACAAGUGAAAGGCCAAGACAACCUCCAAAACACAACACUUAAUAUAAAUUUAUACAAAAGUUAAUAUUUACUAAAACUCUUGGACUAAAUUUCCACUUAAUAACAGUCAACCGUCAAAUUCGUAGAAAAUAAACCGUCAACCGUCAAAACUACCACCCCAUUCUGACUCUCAUGUAAAGACAGUCUUGGAUUGUGGACUCCGCGUUGUGGAUUCCGGAUUCCAGGUACUGGAUUUCGGACUCAGUCCUUGUCAAAGGAACUUGGAUUGUGGAUUUCAAUAAUUAUCGGGAUUUCAGAUUCCUACAGGUGGAUUCCAUAUCCCGAAGCCCAGAAUGCUGGACUUCAAAAGCAAAAAUUUCCCGCAUUCCGGAAUCCGCAUACCCUACAUGGGGAUCUGCCAAUAGUUCCAAAUAACAAAAUUCAAGAAGUUCGGGUCGUCAAAAGACUCCACCCAUCAUCAGACAAUACGGAAAUUCCAGUUGUUUUGAAUUUGUUUAAAAAGCUGUAAUGUAUUAUAUUUAUUGUACUCGCUCUAUCAUUCCACAACAACCGAUUCUUUAUAAUGGAGACCUUAGGAUUCGGAGACGAGGAUGACUACGAGAGGUUUUUUCGCGUAUUCUCAAAAAGUAGACUCUCCAGAAAGCGACUUUCUACUAUUUUUAACCAGAAUCGUUUAAACAGUUAUUUACGUAAUUAAAGCCAGGCGGGUGUGCCCUCUCCUUAACACACAAUGAUAGAACUUUACAAUGUUUUCCCUAAACCCGUUGUAGAAUGACGACGACUAUCGCAUUUUCCCGCCCAAAUGACGCUAAUUCACGUCUGCGCACCACUUAGUAUGUGAGAAAAUCUAGUUCUAGUAGUCGUCCUUGUCUUAGAAUCUGAAGGUCUCUAUUAUUAUCCUUUACAGUUCAACAAUUGCGAAGAAGAUUAAAUAUGUGUCUUAGUGUUACACCAGAGAGUUGACAGUGAGUCUAUCUCUUCUUCACAGUAAUGGUCAUUGGUGCGUUCGUCCUUUGCCAUUUCACACAACUCAUAUACGUGGUUCUGUCGACCAAACUGGGCACCAGUCAAAUACCGGAGGAACUCCGCACGUCGAUGAUUCUGUUGACAGCGAUACACAGCACUCUUAAUCCUAUCAUUUACGUGUUCAGAUCAAACGAGUUCAAGCGCGCAUUCAAGAUGUUCUUCACCACAUCUGCUGCUUUGGCACAGACUGCAAAUACAAAUAACACUAGUGCAAAGUCUUGUAUGUCGCGUCUGGAAUUAUCAGAACGUGACCCACGAAAUCAUCGCUUGCCAUCGUUCCUUGUGCCGAGCCCAGCUUAG